AUGGCGAGCUUCCUUCCCAGGAUUGCCCCUAGCUGGACACGCAGGCUAGGGGCCACAUCGCGGCUAAGGGAUCUGUUGUCUGCCUGCCAAAGCACCCGCCUCACUUCAACACGGUCCUGGCCACCCCCAGCGCGGCCGCAACCACUAGAAGUACGUCAUGGGAAGCUCCUCACACUAUCUGGGGCAGGCUAUAGGGCGGGCUACCGUAACAUUCAUAUACCGACGGUCCUCCUGCCACCAGUGCUUUUCACGGGGCUAUUGGUGGGGCUAUGGAUUUGGAAAUGUAUCAUGAUGGUGGUCUUCCAGAACAAGAUUAUUUACAUGCCUAGCUUACCACCUACAUCUCGCAGGGAACAGAUCAGCAACUGGGCGAGUAUGUGUGGAGGUGUUGAGUGGGCCGAAGAGACGACGGUUGCCGCAGAUGGAACGAAGCUUACCAUGGCCAUGACAACCGUCCCGUUGCCGAGAGGAAGACGCCCGGCCGCUAGAGCCCCGGAGAAGCCUCCAACUGAGCAUGCCUAUGUCCUUUAUUUUCAGGGGAACGCCUCAUCAAUACCACCACGGUUGCCGGACCUGUCUUGGGUGCUUCGGGCUGUCAGCGAUAGCAAAGCCUAUGACCUAGCGCCAAUGAGGUUGACAUUUGUUUGCUUGAGCUACCGGGGCUACUGGACUUCACGGGGCCGGCCCUCAGAGCCCGGUCUUCGACUUGAUGCGGAAGCCGGAAUACAGUGGAUCGCCGAAAAGCACGAGCAAGUCUUCGGAAAGGACGGGACUAUUCGCCCCAUUUUACUUCUUUGGGGCCAGAGUAUCGGGUCAGGGGUUGCAACGAACCUUGCAGCUACUGGCCGAAUCUCUUCCAGAAUGCCGAUCAGCGGCCUCCUGUUAGAAACUCCGUUUGUGUCUAUCCGGGAGAUGCUCGAGACGCUGUAUCCUCAGAAGUGGUUGCCGUAUAAGUACCUUUGGCCGUUCCUCCGAAAUCACUUAGAUAGUUGGGGCAACCUGGGUAUCAUAGCCCAGGCAUACCGGGACAGCGGACGGACAGCACCAAUGGUUCAUAUUUUAGAGGCGGGAAGAGAUGAGCUUGUUCCCAAGGAGCAGGGCGAAGAACUCUAUAAAAGGUGUGUGGAGCUCGGUUUACCCUUUGAAAAGGAAGCUGUGCCUACGGCAUACCACCAGCAGGCAAUCGCGAGAGGGGAUGGGAAGAAAUUGGCAGCCCAUGCGAUCCUCAAAUUGAUCAAAAAGGCAAGAGACAACAAUUGA